AUGUGUUCCGCGGAUAUCGUGGGCUUUUUCCUACAGGCGGCCAUCGUCACAGUUUUUUGGCUUCCGAUAGCGGAUACGUCAACAGCCGUCGUCAACGAUAUUCAAACGAAAUGUACGAAUUCCGAUGUGGAUGUAGUGGUCGUUAUUGAUACAACAUCGACAUCGAUGAACACUACGGAAUUCUUAGUGCAACAACAUCGUCUACUUCGAACGCUGAACUUGAUCGCAUCUAUGCGACAAAGUGGUCAGUCGACAUCAAACUCGGUGGUGAGGGCUUUGGAUGAGGCAUUGUCGAUGUUUUUUGAGUCACGACCAACCGACGAAUUCCAUCAGCGGAAUAAAAUCAUCAUCCUGGCUCAUGAUGGUGUGAACACAGAUCUAGUUGCCGAAACUCUGGAAACUGUUUCAAAUAUCGAAAAAUUGGGUGUAGUUGUGUUCGCACUGACUGGUAGUUCUCGUCCGAACACCUUCGCCUUGCUAGGAUAUGCCGGCUUAAGAGAUCGACUGUUCAUUUCUGACACUGAUCGUGCCACAUUCGAAGAUUCUCUGAGCGAGGUGGAUCUCAUUAUUGUUCUUGACACAUCUGGUUCUGUGUUUCGCGUUUUCGAUGAUCAACGUGCAAUUGCUUUGGAGAUAAUGGAGGAGAUUCCUCUGGAUGCCUUUGCGGAUUCCGUUCAGGUGUCAGUGGUUCGGUUCGCUGCUUCCGCCGAUGUUAUUCUACCAUUUCUGAAAGGAAGGGCCUAUUCAGAAAUCAAAGACACUAUAAGAGAAGUGAAAUUCACAGGACAGAAUACCAGAAUAGCUGGUGCUGUUGGGAUUGCAAUAGAUGAAAUGAUGCGAGCAAGACGACCAGAUGCUGUGCAGGUCUUCAUAUUGAUUUCUGACGGUCAUGGGCAGGAAUACUGGAAUGUUGUGCAGGCCGCCGGUAAACGAUUACAGAAGACAGGUGCCGAGUUAUUCGCUGUGUCAGCCAGCCCUGACUACAAUAAAGCUGAGCUUCUGAUUUACGUGGGGGAUGAGAGCCGAGUGUUUGUCGGCCGAAAGUACGAUAGCUUUUUACCCACGAUAUCGUCUUACCUGAACGACUGUGUUUCCAAUAAUGACAAAUCUGUUGUGAAGCUCCCUGGAAAACACCGCUCACUGGAGAUUUUAACAACCACGGAACCGUCCACAUCUGAAAGCUUGUUCUCAUCAACAACCAGUAAAUCGUUUUCAAUUAUGAAUGAACCAUCGACGACAGUUGAUUUGAUCAUGAGUGAAGAAUUUCCUUCUUCGGUUGAACCAAUCGGCGACGUAGAUGAAGGAGACGAUGGAGGAAACACAUCAGAAGAAAUGACAAAGGCUUCGUUAAGGCUUAGAGAUAUUGCUAAGCUGGCGAUUCGAACUGUGGAGUUGUUUCCUACUACAGAGUUUUCGUCUGGAAAGAUUCAUGUGGGCGUAAUCAGCUUCGCUCAGGGCACGAGAUUGGAAUUGCCAUUAGAUCGGGGUCAUCGAGAGCUUGUAAUAAACGCCCUUCGGAACAUUCAUCACAUCGGUGGUACUAGAUCAUCUGUUUCUGGAGCACGUUUGGCUUUACAGCAAUUUAUCUCAUUCCGACGACUAUCAGCUCGACUCGUUACGGUGCUUUAUUCCAGUGGUCAUAGUCAGGGUUACUGGAGCAAACUCAUUAAAACUUCAGUGGGCCUUCGCGAUGUUCCCAACAGUGUACUAUUAGCCGUCACAAGAAGUAAAGAGUUCCCGAAGAACGAAAUCCAAAAUUGGGCCGGAGAAUCGUCAAAGGUGUUCAUGUUCAAUGAAGAUGAAGAAUUUCUGCAUGCUGUCAGCAGGGAGAUUGGGGUUUGCAGCAAAGAAGCUAAACUAGAGAAAAUUGGUGAUGUGGAAAACAUCGUGGAAAACGAGAAGCACACAACGCUGCUUCAAAAUCCAGAUUUAUUGUCGAUGAAGGCCAAGGACAUUUUAGAUGAAAACAGCGCCAAUGGUUUCGAAGAAUCAACAACAGUUGAUGGGAAUGUGAUGGCAGUGAAACGACUUCCAAGCGAAGAUUUCGAGCAUCGUAUUCAAGUGGGAGUAGUGGUGUUCAAUAGAAAAGCUGAAGUUGUCCUUAAAAUGAGCGAAUUUCGUACCAGAUCCGCCGUUUUGGAUUCUUUGCUAUUAAUACGACACUCUGGUGGUGGUACGUCAGUUGCCAAAGGAAUCACUGCCGCACUCGAUGAGAUUCAAAAGAACCGUCGAAGUGGUGCCCGGCUGGUAGUGGUGUUGUUAUCCGAUGGGAACAGCCAAGAUCAUUGGGACGACGUGGUCAGAUCGUCGAACAAAUUGCGCACUACCGGUGGAGACAUCUAUGCGGUGUCUACCGCUAGAAAUUACAUGUUUAGGGAACUUGAGCUUUAUGCCGGUAGCAAACUGAGAGUUUAUAUUGAUGGAAGAGUUCACAAAUUUCUCGACGAUAUCGAGCAACAAAUCGUCCUCUGUGGUCGCUUCGCUGAGAGUCGUCUGUCGGUGUCAACAAUUUCGUUCGCUCACAAUUCAACGGUUGUUUCUGCUUUUGGUUUAUUGCCAAAGAAUGAAGUGAUCUUCGAAUUAGAACGUAUCGCCAAUGCCAGUGGUCCGGCUAGCCUUCCUACCGCCACCAGUGCUGCCUUUAUGGAAAUCAAGGCUCACCGACGGAAAGGUUCCCGAAUAAUCGUCGUGAUUUUGUCAAGUGGAAACGGCGGCAAAGAUUCAAGGCAGGAAGUCAGAGAAUCGGCCAUUUCACUUCGAUCUUCUGAUGCUGAGGUGUUUGCGGUGUCGUUGUCUCCGACAGCGAAUCUUGAAAAGCUCAAGGAAUACACAGGGAAUGAUAAGAAUCUCUAUGUGGACAGAAAAUCAGACAAGUUCAUUCAGGAUGUCGGAUCCUCAAUUCUUUCUUGUACGGCAAACGCCAAUGGUGUGAAGAACACCGAGAGUGAGGAAGAGCUAACUCAUCCAGAUGACAUUUUCGGUGAUAAUCUUAUCCAGUUCGAGCCCGUUGGGAAGAAGAGAAAGUGUGUAUAUGAGAAGAUGGAUCUACAGAUUAUUCUCGAUGCUUCGUCUUCACGCCAAGAAGUGUUCGAGCAUCAAAAAGAACUCGCAUUGUCGUUGGUGGAGCGACUUCCUAUAUCUGCUGAUGGCUCAAAAGUAGCCAUCGGUAUUAGCAGCUUCACAUCGGUGCCAGUUAUUCGUCAAACUCUCGGUUUAGGCAGGAAUAAAAAAGUGAAGAUAUCUGAUAGCAUUUUAUAA